AUGGAGUUAUCGCUGCAGCUAUUGUCGUUAAUUGCAUCGCUAUUGUGUCACCGUGUCGUUUUGUCGUCGGCCCGACGGAAUAUCACUAGAAAUGUAUAUUAUGGCCACGGCAACCAAAGGAUCGACAACGGAGCAGUAGAUUCAAGAUGUCAACCGUGCACCUGCGGUGUUGGAUAUCCCGGAUCGAGGAUCGUGGGUGGCAGCGAAGUCAGAGGGAACGAAUAUCCUUGGAUGGCAUCGCUGUGGAAUGUCAAGAAGAAAUUCUUUUGCGGCGGUUCCAUCGUCACAGAUCAAUACGUGCUAACGGCUGCCCACUGUUUUAGCGAAGUACCGGCUACCAAUUAUCGAGAGAUACACGUUGUGCUCGGGCAGACCAGAAGGCCCGGCAGGCUGUAUCCGGGCGGUCCACACGUUAUCCGAGCUGCAGUAGUGAAGAUACACCACAAGUAUGACCGACAGGGGUCGAAUGUGCACGACAACGACAUAGCGCUGGUCAAGAUGGUCAAACCAGUGAAAUUCGAACGAACCACCCAGGCCAUUUGUCUGCCCAUGAUCAGAUACGACUAUGGUGGGUUGACCGCGGUCGUGGCCGGAUGGGGGCAGUUGAGCGAGUACAGCGGCACGUCGCUGAGCCUCAGGCACGCCACGCUUCCCGUGUGGACCGAAAAGGAAUGCGCCGCCGUUCCUGGGAUCGAGAAAACGGGAUUCACGCCCAACAUGAUGUGCGCCGGGCUCCGGGAAGGAGGAGUGGAUUCGUGUCAGGGCGAUAGCGGUGGACCUCUGAUGCUUUAUGAUAAUAGCGAAAAAAUAACAGUGGCAGGAAUCGUUUCCUGGGGCAUUGGGUGCGGAGCUCCAGGACUCCCAGGAGUGUACACAAGGGUCGACAAAUAUCUAGGAUGGAUAAUGAGAAACACGAAGGACAGUUGCCACUGUACAAACUGA